AUGGAAGGCUUGAUUUAUCAUAGAGGGGCACUCUGGCUUCUUUUCUGUACACCAAUAGUGGCUGUGGUCAAUAAUGUGGCUGCUGCUGGGGAAAGAGAGUUGGAAAGACUGAAGGCUGAACUGAGGGCCAGCAAUGCUCUCGAACUGCAGCUAGAGAUGCUGACAAGGAUUGAAGGCAGGCUUAGCACGUUGAAUUUGAAUUGA